AUGAGUGCAACAAGCAACCAACUUCAACAACUUCAUAAAUAUAUUAUUGAGAAGAAUAUUAAUAGUUAUGAUUAUACUCGUUUUAGGAACGUUGAAUUGAGAGAUUUACAAGAGUCGCAUGCACAGCUUAAGCUAUAUCAUGGAGUGGAUAUACACCCUAACAUUAUACGUUUUAAUGGUAUUACUAGGAAAGAAGGAGAUUCAAGUAUUAUACCUUAUAUUUUGAUUUUUGAGAACGUCAACGGUGGGACUUUAAGAUCAUAUUUACAUGAAAAUUCACAACACUUUUCAUGGAAUGAUAUGAUUAAAUUUUCAUUGCAAAUUGCAAGUGCUGUUAGAUAUUUACAUGCUAAAGGAAUAUUUAAUCUCGGAUUGCGUUCGGACAAUAUAUUUGUACAUAAUAAAAAUAUAAAGCUUGCAGAUUAUGGGCUUUCAAAUAGGUUAAAGGGACAAAUUUUUAAAUAUCAACAUCACAGAUUUUAUAAAAAAUCCGAUGUAUACAAUGUUGGCUUCCUUAUGCAAGAGAUUUACCACAACAUUCUAUUUACUGAAAGUGUUGCCAUUCCUAUAGAAAAAUAUAUUAAGAUUUAUGAAGAUUGUCUGCAAAGUGAGCCUAAUAGUCGCCCAGAAAUUCAGACAACUGUCUCUAAUUUAAAAGCGUUGAUUGUUAAUUGCAAUCAAAAUAUAAACUGUCAUGGUUUAGAAAUUACUCAUUCAUAG